CGGCGGGCGGCGGGCACAGCGCGCCUGGGUAGGCGCGGCCGCCUGGCCCGGGCGGGUAGGGUCGGGCGGGAGCCCCGGGGUCGGCAAGGGAGGCGGCGGCACGAGACGCGGGGGCGCGCGCCGGGGUGCCCGCGGCAGAAAUGUUUUUCCUCCAGGAUCCGAGUCUCUUCACCAUGGGGAUGUGGUCCAUUGGUGUGGGGGCCCUGGGGGCCGCUGCCCUGGCCCUGUUCCUGGCCAACACAGACAUGUUCCUGCCCAAGUCCCAGAAGGCAGCGCUGGAGUACCUGGAGGACACAGACCUGAAGACCCUGGAGAAGGAACCGAGGACUUUCAAAGCCAAGGAGCUCUGGGAAAAGAAUGGAGCUGUGAUCAUGGCCGUGCGGAGGCCGGGCUGCUUCCUCUGUCGGGAGGAGGCCAUGGACCUGUCGCUGCUGAAGCCCAAGCUGGACGAGCUGGGCGUCCCCCUCUAUGCCGUGGUCAAGGAGCAGCUCAGUACGGAGGUGGAGGACUUCCAGCCCUACUUCAAAGGAGAAAUCUUCCUGGACGAGAAGAAAAAGUUCUACGGUCCCCAGAGGCGGAAGAUGAUGUUGUUAGGGUUCGUCCGUCUGGGCGUCUGGCGUAACUUCUUCCGGGCCUGGGACAGCGGCUUCUCUGGGAACCUGGAAGGUGAAGGCUUCAUCCUCGGUGGAGUUUUUGUGGUGGGGUCAGGAAGGCAGGGCAUUCUCCUCGAGCACCGAGAAAAAGAAUUUGGAGACAAAGUAAACGUGGAUUCUGUUCUGGAAGCCGCCAGGAAGAUCAAACCGCAGACUUUGGCCUCUGAGGAAAAGUGAUUGUGUCAAACGGCCCAGCUCAGGGACAACCCAGGGGCACUCGGCUGUGUUCAUGGGGUGCAUCAUCUUCCCACUCGAGUCCCCGAAGAGUUAGAAACCCACUCACACCGCAUUCUCAGUAUAGAUCAUUAACGUGUUUAGUGCUGUAGUCUGUUGAGGCCCAGCAAGGCCAGGCCUCCCAAACAAGGUGAUAAAAUCUAAGAAACCGAUGGAGGCUAUUUCAGCUGAAAUCUGGACAAUAGGAGGCCUAAAAUUGGACUGCUGCACCUCAUUACAGCGUCUAUGGUGUUUGGAUGCUGUUAUUGAAAUGAUUUUUAUUUUCGUGUUUUCAGAGAUCUAGGAAAAUUUGAUGAUUGACUGGAAGAAUAAGGAUAUAAGGUUUUGGGUCUGUUUUCUGUUGAUGACUUGCUAUGUAAUGUUCAAGUGAUAUAUAAAGGAAUUGUGCUGCUGAGGGCUUGGUGACAGUAAAUUCUAAAGUGAAAUCUGUUUUUUCUUUGUCUUCCAUUCUAACCUCAGAGGGUUGCUUUUCUAGAAGAAAUGAUCAUCUCUGGCUCUGAUAAACUUAUGCAUCAGAAAUUGUCAUACAAGUUGUUCUGAUAAAACUAACAAUAAAAAUAUUUACCAUAAGGA